AUGUCAUUCACUUGUUGAAUGUUGAUUGUUCUAGGAUAUCAUCGUGUCGUGUAAACUUGCAGUGGAUUUUUAUUCCAAUUCGUUAAGAAUCCAGGAAAACAGUUCUAUCUAUUCCGAGUGUAAUGUAAAAUACUGGUGUUAAGAUCUGGCAUCUACAGGUUGCCGUGAAUGAAGACUUCGUACCCUACUGUAAGUAUUUAAGUCAGGAUGAACUACAACAGCAACCCAGAGUCACCUGCAGACAGACCAGCCAAGGUCCUCAGGCUUGAUAAAGGAUAUAUUAAAACUAUACCUGGUAUAUUGAAACUAGUGCAGCUGGCCUGCAACUUUAUAGGUUUCAUUUGCAUCAAGAUAUCGUGGACAUGGGUGUCGGCAAUCUUUUACAACAUCCUGUACUGGGUGGCCAACAUCAUCACAGCGCUGAUACUCUUCAUGUACACAUUCCAUGUCAUUGAGAAGUAUGAUAGACUGCCGUGGCUGAAGCUUGAGUUCUUCUACUGUGUCAUAGUAUGUUUGACAUACAUUGGCUGCUCAAUAUUUGCCACUACCAUUGGUGAGAGUGUGGGUUAUGCAGUUGGGUUCUUCGGUCUCUGCGCAAUCAUAGCGUAUGGUUUCGACGGCUUCUUGAAGUACAAGGCGUGGAAGAGAGGGCUCCCACCGCAGUAAACACGUGAGACUCGAUGAGACCUACCUCUAGUUAUUCACAUCGCGUGUAACGGCGCCGUCAUUGACACUGCAUUAUUUUUGACUAAAUGGAAUUGAGGGGAAAACAGCACAUUCGUCUGGAUUCGUUGUUUUCCCUACAACAAUUUGUUGGUAGUAAUUUAGUGCUAGCCUAAAGCAGAUGCUAGAUGUGUGUUUUCGCUUAGCGUAAUAUAUCGGCGAGCAAGAGAGCAGGGUAAUACGUCGGCGCCAUGCAGUUUUAUUUUGUGUAUGUUGCGUUUAAGAGUAAGUGUGAAAUUUGUUUUAGUAUUUCACUUAUAGUUAAGUAAAAAUUAAUCUAUUUUGAAACCUGAUAAUCAUGUUUGACAUUGUAUCUGUGUUCAUAAGAUGCUGACAUGUGCAUGUGCCUUGAUAUAUCUGAUGUGCCUUUUAUUAUAUUUAAUUAUACAAAGUCAAGAAAACGUUUAUAUAUUUUAUCUAUGUCUUCUGUAAUAUUUAGGUAAUCUAAAAUAUAUUAACAUUUUCUAUAAAAAUAUACCUUUUUAUAUAAUUAUACAUUCAUUAUAUUUGAUAAGGAAACUAUUGAUCCCAAUUCCAACUUUCUUAACCAUUCAAUAAUUACUGGUUAGUAACCACACAGUACAAAGGUUUUCAAUUUGCAAUUUACGGAACGAAACAUUGUGGAUAAACCAAAUAUUAUAAUCUAGGAAAUACCAUAUUAAUGAACAAACAGUUAUGUAUUUUUUCAUACGUUCUCAUAAAUAAACUAUUUGUAACUAUAUUCAUGUUAACAAAACAAAAUGAUUUAAUAUAACAUGGAAUUUAAAAAAAUAACUUUGUUACGAGCCUUUCAAAUAUAAAUUGUAUGUCUAACAUAAAUACAGCUGUACACACAUUAACUUGCUGUGUUGAAAUGCACAAUAAAUACCUUCUGUUAAACAUUUACUAUAAAUAUUUAUAUAUAGUAU